AGCUUGACGUCAGGAGCUGUCCAUAGGCCUCGGUGCUGAAACAAAAUGGCUGGCUGCUAGCGACCCGGGUGAGGAGCAGCCCACACAGAGGCAGAUGGAGCAGUAUGCAAUUUUCUAGCAAGCACACACCCUUUCCCAAGCAGGCACCCAGCUAAGGGCUCACUCAGAAGUCCCCCGGAGCCCAUGUGGUAGCAGACAAGAGGACGGAACAUGUCUUUGCUCUGCGUUGGAGUUAAAAAAGCCAAGUUUGACGGGGCGCAAGAGAAGUUCAACACCUACGUGACCCUGAAGGUGCAGAAUGUCAAGAGCACGACAAUCGCAGUGCGGGGGAACCUGCCCUGCUGGGAGCAGGACUUCAUGUUUGAGAUUAACCGGUUGGACCUGGGGCUGACGGUGGAGGUGUGGAACAAGGGGCUGAUCUGGGACACCAUGGUGGGGACGGUGUGGAUCCCCCUGCAGACCAUCCGGCAGUCCAACGAGGAGGGCCCCGGGGAAUGGCUCACCCUCGACUCCCAGGUCAUCAUGACUGACAACGAGAUCUCUGGCACCAAGGACCCCACCUUCCACCGCAUCCUGCUGGACACCCGCUUUGAGUUACCGCUCGACAUCCCCGAGGAGGAGGCCAGGUACUGGGCGAAGAAGCUGGAGCAGCUGAAUGCUAUGAAGGAUCAGGACGAUUACGAGUUCCAGGAGGAGCAGGACAAGCCGCUCCCCGUGCCCGGCUCCCCGUGCUGCAACUGGAAUUAUUUUGGCUGGGGAGAGCAGCAGAAUGACGACCCCGACAGCACCAUGGAUGACCGGGACAGCGAUUACCGAAGCGAGACCAGUAAUAGCAUCCCGCCUCCGUACUACACCACUUCCCAGCCCAAUGCCUCGGUCCACCAGUAUCCCAUGAGGCACCAGCAGCAGAGCUCCCGCGACUCGUACACGGACUCCGUGCAGAGCUACGAGGUGGACUACUCGGAGCAGCGGCCCAUCAGCCCCACCGGGAGCAGCCAUUAUGCCUCGUCCGGGGAGCUGAGCCAAGGCAGCUCCCAGCUGAGCGAUGACUUCGACCCCGACAACGAGAGCCUGCGGGGCUCGGAGCUGGACGAGCGGGACGGGGACUCCUACCACUCCUGCCACAGCUCCGUCAGCUACCACGAUGACUCGCCCCACUGGGAGGAGGACUUCUACCCUGAGGAGGAGGACGAGGACUACAGCGAGAACGAGCGGGACUACCCCCAGGCCCGGGCCGCCCCGCUGCGGGACCAGGAGGCGGACGAGGCCAAGCCCCUGGAGCGCGAGCCCUACCCACAGCCGCCGGUCAAGCAGCAGGUGCCAGCACAGAAGCAGCAGCAGGAGAGGAAGGAGGAGAAGGCAGCUUAUGUCCUGGAGGAAACUCCGGAGAUCCCCCAGGGAAAGCCAGCAGCGGAGGAACCCCCGGUCCCAGAGAGAGCGCCGGAGCCCCCAAAGCCAGCCGAGAGUUUCAGAGAGCGGGAGGAUGUGGAAGUCCAGGACGCCAAGUCCCAGGCCAAGGCCAAGUGGUUAAGAGCAUUCAACAAGGUUUGCAUGCAGCUGCAAGAGGCCCGGGGAGAAGGAUCUGGCGAGGCAAAGUCGCUGUGGUUUAAAGGCGGGCCUGGCGGCGGUCUGAUCAUUAUUGACAGCAUGCCCGACAUACGAAAGAGAAAGCCAAUCCCCCUAGUUAGCGAUUUGGCUAUGUCGCUGGUCCAGUCCAGGAAAGCCGGAAUCACGUCAGCACUAGCAUCAAGCACCUUAAACAAUGAAGAGCUAAAAAACCAUGUUUACAAGAAGACCCUUCAAGCCUUAAUCUACCCCAUCUCCUCCACAACACCCCACAACUUCGAGGUCUGGACCGCCACCACCCCCACGUACUGCUACGAGUGCGAGGGGCUGCUGUGGGGCAUCGCCCGGCAGGGCAUGCGCUGUACGGAGUGCGGGGUGAAGUGCCAUGAGAAGUGCCAAGACCUGCUCAAUGCAGACUGCCUACAGAGAGCGGCUGAGAAGAGCUCCAAGCAUGGGGCAGAGGACCGGACCCAGAACAUCAUCAUGGUGCUGAAGGACCGCAUGAAGAUCCGGGAGCGGAACAAGCCCGAGAUCUUCGAGCUGAUCCAAGAGAUCUUCGCCGUCUCGAAAGCCACCCACACCCAGCAGAUGAAGGCCGUGAAGCAGAGCGUGCUGGACGGCACCUCCAAAUGGUCGGCCAAGAUCAGCAUCACAGUUGUCUGUGCCCAGGGCCUGCAGGCAAAGGAUAAGACAGGCUCCAGUGACCCGUAUGUUACUGUCCAGGUUGGAAAGACGAAAAAAAGGACUAAAACGAUCUAUGGAAAUCUAAAUCCGGUCUGGGAGGAGAAUUUCCAUUUCGAAUGCCAUAACUCCUCCGAUCGGAUCAAGGUGCGGGUCUGGGACGAGGACGACGAUAUCAAGUCCCGCGUCAAGCAGCGCUUUAAGAGAGAAUCCGAUGACUUUCUGGGCCAGACGAUCAUAGAGGUCCGGACACUGAGCGGGGAGAUGGAUGUCUGGUACAACUUAGACAAGCGGACGGACAAGUCAGCCGUGUCCGGAGCCAUCCGGCUGCACAUCAGCGUGGAGAUAAAGGGAGAGGAGAAGGUGGCACCGUACCAUGUGCAAUACACCUGCCUGCACGAGAACCUCUUCCACUUCGUGACGGACAUACAGAACAACGGGGUGGUGAAGAUCCCCGAGGCCAAGGGGGAUGACGCCUGGAAGGUGUAUUUCGACGAGACGGCCCAGGAGAUAGUGGACGAGUUCGCCAUGAGAUACGGGGUGGAGUCCAUCUACCAGGCCAUGACUCACUUUGCCUGCCUGUCCUCCAAAUACAUGUGUCCCGGAGUGCCAGCCGUGAUGAGCACCCUUCUAGCCAACAUCAAUGCAUACUAUGCCCACACCACCGCCUCCACCAACGUGUCUGCCUCAGACCGCUUUGCUGCUUCCAAUUUCGGGAAAGAACGUUUUGUCAAGCUGCUGGACCAGCUGCACAAUUCGCUCCGGAUUGACCUGUCCAUGUACCGGAACAACUUCCCUGCCAGCAGCCCGGAGAGGCUGCAGGAUCUCAAGUCGACGGUGGAUCUGUUAACCAGCAUCACCUUCUUUCGAAUGAAGGUGCAGGAGCUCCAGAGCCCACCUCGGGCCAGCCAGGUGGUGAAGGACUGCGUGAAAGCCUGUCUCAACUCCACCUACGAGUACAUCUUCAACAACUGCCACGAGCUGUAUAGCCGCGAGUACCAGACCGACCCGACAAAGAAAGGCGAGGUCCCCCCCGAGGAGCAGGGGCCCAGCAUCAAGAACCUGGAUUUCUGGUCCAAACUUAUCACGUUGAUUGUCUCGAUUAUUGAAGAGGAUAAGAACUCCUAUACGCCCUGCCUGAACCAGUUCCCCCAGGAGCUGAACGUGGGUAAGAUCAGCGCCGAGGUGAUGUGGAACCUCUUUGCUCAGGACAUGAAAUAUGCAAUGGAAGAGCACGACAAGCAUCGCCUGUGUAAAAGUGCUGACUACAUGAACCUGCACUUCAAAGUGAAAUGGCUUUAUAACGAGUAUGUGACUGAGCUCCCUGCCUUCAAGAGCCGCGUCCCCGAAUACCCCGCCUGGUUUGAGCCUUUCGUUAUCCAGUGGCUGGAUGAAAAUGAGGAGGUGUCCCGGGAUUUCCUGCAUGGAGCGCUGGAGCGGGACAAGAAGGACGGGUUCCAGCAAACCUCUGAGCACGCUCUCUUCUCCUGCUCCGUGGUGGAUGUCUUCUCCCAGCUGAACCAGAGCUUUGAGAUCAUCAAGAAGCUGGAGUGCCCCGACCCGCAGAUCGUCGGGCACUACAUGCGGAGGUUUGCCAAGACCAUCAGCAACGUGCUGCUGCAAUACGCCGAAAUCAUCUCCAAGGAUUUCGCUUUGUACUGCUCCAAGGAGAAGGAGAAAGUGCCCUGCAUCCUGAUGAACAACAUCCAGCAGCUCCGUGUCCAGCUGGAGAAGAUGUUUGAAGCCAUGGGGGGGAAGGAGCUGGACGCCGAGGCCAGCGACACCCUGACGGAGCUGCAGGCAAAACUCAACAGCGGCUUGGAUGAGCUCAGCGGAGUUUUUGCCACCAGUUUCCAGCCUCACAUUGAGGAGUGCGUGAAGCAGAUGGGCGACAUCCUGAGCCAGGUGAAGGGCACCGGGAAUGUCCCCGCCAGCGCCUGCAGCAGCGUCGCUCAGGACGCCGACAACGUCCUUCAGCCCAUCAUGGACCUUCUGGACAGCAACCUGGCUCUCUUCGCCAAGAUCUGCGAGAAGACGGUGCUGAAGCGUGUGUUGAAGGAGCUCUGGAAGCUGGUGAUGAACACCAUGGAGAAGACCAUCGUCCUCCCGCCGCUCACCGACCAGACGGGGACGCUCUUGAGAAAACACGGCAAGGGGACAGAGAAGAGCAGGGUGAAGCUGCCCAGUCACACAGAUGGCACCCAGAUGAUCUUCAAUGCGGCCAAGGAGCUGGGGCAGCUGUCCAAACUGAAGGACCACAUGGUGCGCGAGGAGGCCAAGAGCCUGACCCCCAAGCAGUGUGCCGUGGUGGAGCUGGCCCUGGACACCAUCAAGCAAUAUUUCCAUGCUGGAGGAGUGGGGCUGAAGAAGACCUUCCUGGAGAAGAGCCCCGACCUGCAAUCGCUGCGCUAUGCCCUGUCUCUGUACACGCAGGCCACCGACCUGCUCAUCAAAACCUUCGUGCAGACUCAGUCAUCUCAGGGAUCUGGCGUGGAUGACCCAGUCGGGGAGGUGUCGAUCCACAUAGAGCUCUUCACUCACCCUGGCACCGGGGAACACAAAGUCACCGUCAAAGUCGUGGCUGCUAAUGACCUCAAGUGGCAAACAUCGGGCAUCUUCCGGCCCUUCAUCGAGGUCAACAUCAUUGGGCCCCAUCUCAGUGACAAGAAGAGGAAAUUUGCCACCAAGUCCAAGAACAACAGCUGGGCCCCCAAAUACAACGAAAGCUUCCAGUUCACCCUGAGCAGCGAGACGGGCCCCGAGUGCUACGAGGUGCAGGUGUGCGUCAAGGACUACUGCUUCGCUCGGGAGGACCGCACGGUGGGCAUCGCUGUGCUUCAGCUCAAGGACAUCGUGCAGCGGAGCAGCUGUGCCUGCUGGCUGCCCCUGGGCCGGCGCAUCCACAUGGACGACACGGGCCUCACCGUCCUGCGCAUCCUCUCUCAGCGCAACAACGACGAGGUGGCCAAGGAGUUCGUCAAGCUCAAGUCGGACACGCGCUCGGCCGAGGAAGGCAGCAGUUAAGGGCCUGAGCAGGUGUAGAACAUCCCCAGCACCACCCCCGUCCUGUCCCUUUUCUACAGCAUCCUCCAGCCACGUAAAAGCCAUACAGGUCGUCCACAGCCCCACACCGGUUAGGGAAGGGAGCCCCCACUCCGGGCAGCCCUUGCCACAAGCAGGCGCCCACUUCCCAGUGCCAGGGAUCAAAACAGACACUCUGUGCCCCUCCCUGCAUCCCUGGGCUGCAGUUCAAGGGCACUGCCCUGGCUGCUGUGGGGCAGAGAAGAUGCAGCUGCCCCAGGGAGCACAAGCUGCCCUCGCUGCUGGCAGGGGUGGACUUAUCGCCUCUUCCCAAACCUGUUUCUGUUGCGAAAGAUGCUGGGAGAGGCAGAAGCCGAGGCCUGGAGCUGACCGUGCGGCAGGAGCGUUUGAACAAAUGUGAGCCACUCAGUAUGGCCGCAAGGUUGGCACAUCGCUGCCCUCCACUUCCAAGGGAAGCAAGGCUCGAUCCCAGCCCUUCCAGCCCCCACACUCGUCCCUGAGCUCCAGGAGAAUUACCCUAGCUGGUAGCAGUAUAGAGGAUAUGACACAUGAUUGAGUAGGUUGAUUCCCUCCAGCAGGAGGCAGCAUCACAUGUCCAAAUCGCCCUGUGGUCAUGGCAACGUCAUUCAGCAAUAGCGAUGAGCCAGGCAGCAAUGGGCACAGGGAGACUGAGCCGGGGCCUUAGUUCCUCCUCCAGGGCUACCUUCACGGAGCAUGGUUGCUAAGGAUGCACUCGGGCCAGCAUCAGCCUGCUCCGGCUGGCGGCUCUGGGAGUCCGCUGCCCCCCAUGCCAGAGCUUGCCACAAGCUGAGUCAGCAAUAGCCAAGCCCUGUGCCGUAUCCCCCAGGGCCUGUACAGUCCUGGGCAGGUGGCUCAGAGCAGCUUAGUCUGAGGCCAGGCAGCAUGGCUGGGGCCGAUCUUGUCCACCCAGGCCAGUGGCAGGAGAGUGCUAGCAGGAGAGCGGGGCAGGGGAGAGGGAGAUGUGAACCAGGACCACUGACAGGUCCCUUCUACGGGGCCGCACACACGUGGGGUGGCAUCAUGCUAAGGAACCAGGAUCCCAGCUCUACCCUCCCUCCCCGGCAGGCUCGGAGAUGGCAGGAGGCCAGUGCCACCGGGAAGAGGCAGGGCCUUGUGCUGUUAGGAAGGGGUCCCGCCCCCAGGUAUAAAUAGGAUCCGGCCAUGCAGCCGCAGCACCAGCGUCCCUCCCAGGCAGCGCCUGCGUUGGGACAGGGACGUGCCAUCUGCAGCAGCUUUGCAAACACCAUCUCCCCCCUCCCCGCAGGCAGCCCUUCCUGGGGGGCUGAAGCAGGGUAGGCUCCCUAGGAGAGGAGGAGCCGCAAAGGGGGGGGAUGCCUCAGGGUCAAGGGCCGCUCCUUGCCAGCCUGCGUGGGGGAGCCGGUGAGUAAAGGAAGGCUGGGUGGCGGGCGGUGGAGGUGGGAGGGAGUGAAAACAUCGGAGUCGCAGCAUGGGUGCAAGUGAGUUGAUGCAGCAGGUGGGACAAGGGGAGGCACCCGAGGAGGCUGGGUCACUUUACAGGCUAAAAGGCAAAAUAUUUCUGCCACAGGGGAGAGUGGCACAGGCCCAUGAUUCCUGCCUUGGCGGCGUGCUGAGGGCCCGGUGGUAAUGGGGUGGGUGCUCCCAGCCGGUAGGCAGCGGGACUCCCACACGGGCCCAGGGUGCUUGAAAAGCAGUGGGGCAAAGAGCGCUGCCCCUGUGCGCAUGCGCUGCACGAUGGUCCUGGGGGCCCUAAACCUUCCUUUGCCCCCCACCUGGGAGAGCUCCCACCACCCCCGGUCUGGCUGCAGGGGCGAGUGGAGUUCAGCAGCAGGGUCCGGGCUCAGCGGGGCUCCUGCCUGGUCCCCAGCGACGUGCUGCGAGCACAGGGGGAGGUCCGUGGGCUUUAUCCAUUCCCUGGCACAGCCUGAGCCCAGGUGUGCCAAGAACCCUCCUACCCGCUCUGCCUGGCUGGCCGCGCCUUGGCCCUGUGAGCGUGACUCCCCUCUCCCCAGGAGAGUGCCAACUCCGUCAUUUUUCUGCAGGGACCAUGCCUCCCUCUUCCAUGCCUCGCUGGCCAUUGGGCGCCAGCUGGAAACGUAGAGCCCAUCUCUUCCCGGCAGCCAGGAACCCGGGUACCUUGCGGGUAGGAGAGAGACCCCAUCCCCACCUUCACUGCAGCUUCCAGCCCUUCCCGCCACAGCCGUGGGGCUGUGCCCAUGGGCAGCACUGCCUGAUUUAGCAGACCCGAGUGCAUGGGGCCUAUAGGCCAGGGUGGGCUCAGCUGGUCCCUAAAGCCAGAGUCUUUGUCACAGCCCCACCCUGUGGGGCAGCUGGAUGGAGUGAUGGCCAGCCCCAGUGGAGAGCCCAGGGCGCGCAGUUGAGCCUGGGGGAAGGGGGUGCUCUGCGCACAGAUGAUUUGAGGCCCCAGACAGAGCCUGCAGCCACCCCGCCCUUGCCACGGAAAGCCGAGAGCCUGGCCCAGCUCCGUGGGCAGCAGCUGCCCAGGAAGGCCGGAUCCUGUAGCCAGAACAGCCUCACAUCAGGCCAGAGGCAGAGCUCAGUCUCGUACGCUCACUCCCGGCUGCCCCAGUGACUCAGCAGCGCCCAGGCCCUGCUUAUGCAGCGAGGGCUCUGGCCAGGUGCAGGAGCCAUGCCCCGGCACCCGCUGACGAGGGGCCCGAGAGUCAGGAGGCUUGAUUCAGACCAGGCACUGCGGGGCCCAUGCAGCGGGGCUAGGCCCAGGGUGGCAGGGGGAGGCCCAACCCUCUGCUCCUUGCGCCCGCACCGGCCUCUCAUCCCCAUACGGGGCAGGCAACCUCCUACCUCCCCGCAGGCAAAACGGGGGCACAGCAGCCUCCAGGCCCAGGCACCAGCUCCCCCCUCCCUGCCCUGCCCGGUACCAGCCUUGGCAGCCGGGCGGCUGUGGAUUGAGUUGCACCAGGGAGCUGUGCCCAGGGAGAGGGGAUGGGACAGCCUGGCCCCCACCAACAGCUCUGUAAAUAUGUAAAUAGCUGUAAAUACAGAUGGUUUUUCCGUGUUCUCUACCCGACUGCAACAGCUCCAAAGGGCUAUCACGUCAGACCACGGCAACAUGGCACAGGGGAUGGAGGUGCAGCCCUUGUAACCCUGUGCCCUGCUCUGCCAUGCUCACUUGUCCAUGGCAAAGGCACCGCCUGGUCCCAGCCCCCUCCCCUUAGAGAGGAAUCCCAAACCCAGGCAGCUGCCCCCAACUGUGUAAACACCCACCAGCCCUACCCCAAAGGAAACCCAGCAGCACCUUGGGAGCCUCCAAGAACAGCGUGGAGCUGCCCCAAGGUCCAGUGCAGGAUCCUGGCUCUUCCCCUGGCCAGAAGCGGGUACCUGAGAGGAAGGGGCAAGAACCACUACUAGAUGCUGUGGGGUAAUCUGCCCCCCACCCCUUCCUGGCCUCUUAAUAGCUAGGGAGUUUUAAUACCCCCCCAACCUCCAUUAAUAACUUGCUGCUCUUACUCUCCCUAGCACUGGCUGGUCACUUCUGAGCCAAGAGUGGCUGCCUCUGCUACCCCUAACUCAUUUCAAGCCCAGCCCCAUGCUGAGCAGAGGGGCUGGCAGCUGGGCCUCCCUGGCUGGACGCACCGGGGGGCUAGCAGAGGUAGGGCUGGUUUCAAGGCUAAAGGCCAAGCUAAUUUUGGCACCUAACAUCCCUCCUCCCCUCCACAGCUGGACUUAGACAUUACGCCUCCAGCUCCCUGGCACUGGUCCGGGACAGCUGGGCCCUCUGCAGUGUUGUAUCACGGCCAGGAAGGAGCUCAGGUUUUCCAAGCUGCCAGCCAGUCUCCCGGGGUAGGCGCUGCCAGCAGGGCUCCCGGUGCAGCCUGGGGCUGGCAUCGACGUGGGGAGCUUGAGAGAAACUGGGGGAGCUUGACCAAGGUCACAAGCCACGAGAGGCUGAUUGGAAAUGGCCCCUCUGCCCUGGCACAGACCCCUGAGUGCUUGAAUCCCACAGCCAAAGAGAUUUAACCUGGCCCAAUCCUGCCCCAGCCCGAUUGAAUCCAGGCCCCAGACGCACCCCUCAGCCCCUUUUAAGAUAUGUGGGGCACAGGAGGGCAGAGUGCCCACCCCCACCAGCAGAAUGCACAGGGCAGACACUGCUUCCCUCUAUGCACAGCUGGUUUCUAAAGGUUGGGGUUACCACCACCCAGGGCCCCCAAGCAGUGCCAGGCAGGGCUGUAGUUUGCACAGGCCCAUGGCUCAGGCAGGGGGAGCAAGCCCUGGAGCCCCCUUUCACACCUGGGCUUACGUUUUCCCACAGCAAAGCCAGCAAACCAGCUUCAGCUGAGGGGUGCAAUGUCCUAGAACUAGCUCCUCUGCAACAGCCCCCCAGAGCGGCCUCAAAGCAGGAGAUGCGUUGGGUGUCAGGGGAAACGCAAGCAGCGGGACAGGGACAGGGAGCCUGGGUGGGAGCGGAAAGGGGGCAGCGGGCACAGCCCUGCAGUGGCCGAUCCCUUCUAAUGCCUAGCACGGCACCCCACGGCGUGAUGCAGCCUUGGUCCUGGCAAAGCAAUAUGAAUGCCAGCAGGGCCCUGCUUAGGUGCAAGCCUUCCAGGGUAGCCUCAGCUCCAGGCCUUGCUUGGGCCUUUAAACAGCCAAGCUCCAUGGAGCAGCAGGGCUGCAAAGAGCUUCAGGCCCUGGCCCGAAGAGAGCUGGACAAAGCAGCCAUUUGCUUCAUGGGGUUAGAGGGCAGGGACCCUGGGGGAGCUUGGAAACAAGGAGCUGGCAGGGCUAGGAGUGCACCCGCCCUGUGCUCAGAGGACUGGGGGCUCACUCCUGAGCCCUGUUCCUUAACAGCACAGCCCUGCUGUACCUGUCAGACCAUGCAGGCCCCUGCUAGGCACAGGGUACGGCCAGGGCAUUAGCAGCCUCUAGCCAGUGUUGAGGUGGGGAGGAGCAGCUUCAGGGAUUUGGCUCUACUCCCCCCUUUAAGAAGGGAGGCCCCGGCCCCAUAAGGAGUUGAAGGCUCCUUUCCCCACACAAUGCAGGGGUAGGGGGCAGUGACCUAGCCCAGUACAGCAGCCUGAGCUCAUGCCAAGUAGACAACAUGCAAGCAAGGAGAGCCCCCAGGCAUGCACGUAGGAACAGAGAUUGACAAUGGGGUUGCCGUGGCCUGGGGGACCAUCUUAAGUGCUGCAGGGAGCUAUGCAAAGAAACCCAGCGUGCUGGAGCAGGCAGAGUAGGGGCAGACCCAAGGGGGUGUAGAGCCCCAAGCACUGGGGGUAAAUGUCAACCCUGGCUGACGUCAAAGUGGAUGUUCUUUCUCCCUGGGAACGUAAACUCUGGUUAGGGAUGCUGACCCUGAGCAGCUCCUGUCUCCACCCUCCCGCCUGUAGUCCUACAAUGCCCUUUCCCAGACAGGGCGACCAGACCUCAGCCUCUCCCCUUUGCCCUCAACAUCCAGUCCUUUUUGUAGUACGUGCCUGGGACCAAAGUGUUAGCUGCUCACACCUGUUUCAGUUCAAUGUUUACACCCCUUUUCCAGCUCCUGCAGCGAGCAGCAAUGCAGCCUCCUGUCCUGCCACCCAAAGGGCUGCAAAGACAGCAGCCCUGGCCGUUCCCCACCUCUCGCCCCUGCACUGACUGACCUCAUCCCUGCCUGCAGCGCGGCGAGCUAGGCCCCCGCUGAGCCCCACGGCUCCCGGAACACAAGACCCGUUGCCUGGGCUCCCUCUCCAAAGCGCCCCUUCGAGAACUUCCGGUCGGCAUGUGAUUGAAACUCAAACAAAAGUAACUUCUGCUCCUGUAGCACAUCUGUCAGCAAGGGCCCGUGUGUCUGUCCAUACCUGAACGGGAGCAAACAAUGGUAAACAUGGAUGCAUGACAGUGAGAUGUUUUGCACUAUUUUGACUUUUUUGGGCUCUGUAAAAUAAUUUUAUUAUAACUGACAUUAAAACGAAAAGCACACCCGGC